AUGUCUGCUCCCGGAGCCGGUCACGAAUUCCCUCGCAAGGACGUAUCCUGGCAAAAGCGCGAUGUUCUUCUCUUUGCGAACAGCAUUGGCGCCAAGGUCGAUGAAUUGCACUUCCUCUACGAAUUACACCCCAAAUUCUCCGUCUUCCCCACCUAUCCUCUGAUCCUUCCAUUCAAGCUUACCGAUCAGGAAGUGACCGACUUCUAUGCCCGUCAAGAGGCAACCCACAUUCCGGGCGUCCCGAAAUUGGAUUACCGCCACGCUGUCGAUGGCCAGCGCAAGCUCACAAUCCUCAAGCCUCUUCCACCUACUAGCGCUGGACGGAAGUUCGAACUCCGAAACACCGUCGUCGGCGUUUACGACAAGGGCAAGCCAGGCACGGUGAUUGAGACUGAGCAGGCGAUUAUCGACAAGGAGACAGGCGAAGCCUACUCGAAAGUUCUGAGCAGCGGCUUCUUGGUCGGCCAAGGCGGUUGGGGCGGGCCCAAGGGCCCCUCAACUGAGAACUUUCCUCCGCCCGAAGGAAAAGCCCCCGACGCUGUCCAUGUUGUCCAGACGAGCCCAGAAACGGCCCACCUGUAUCGCCUGAACGGGGAUUACAACCCGUUGCAUGCGACGCCUGAACCUGGCCAGAAGCUCGGGUUCGGCGGCACCAUCAUCCACGGUCUGUUCAGCUGGAAUUCGGCUGCCCAUGGCCUCCUGCGCGAACUGGGUGGCAGCGAUCCGGCCAAUAUGAAGGAGUUCCAGGCCCGCUUUGCGGCACCUGUCCGACCGGGUGACAAGCUGACGACCGAGAUCUGGCGGACGGGGAACGCCCAACCCGAUGGGUUUGAGGAGGUGCGCUUCGUGACGAAGAAUCAGAAUGGAAAGGUCGUUCUGAGCAAUGGCCGGAGCUUGCUGAAGGUUGUCGGCACGAAGAGCAAGCUGUAG